AUGGUCCAACUCCGGUCGGGUUUCGUCCCUCUGCUGCUGUCCCUCCUCAAUUCCCUGCCUUCUUCCAAUGCGGCGCCAACGCUACGUUCGGCUGGGGCCCGCCUCGGGGCUGUCGCUUCGGAGGUCGAUGUCUGCAGUGAUGUCGGUACUACACUACUCAAGCAUGGUGGCAAUGCCGCAGAUGCCCUCGUUGGCACCGUCUUCUGCGUUGGUGUCAUUGGCAUGUACCACAGCGGAAUCGGAGGAGGAGGAUUCCUGCUUGUGAGGUCGAGCAACGGAACAUACGAAUUUGUCGACUUCCGCGAGACGGCUCCCGCGGCCGCCUAUGAGGACAUGUUCAAGGCCGACCCGAGCCAGAGUAUUACGGGAGGAUUGGCGAGUGGUGUCCCAGGCGAAGUACGUGGGCUUGAGUACGUCCACAACAAGUACGGCAAGUUGCCCUGGGCAGACGUGCUUGCGCCCGCCAUCAACUUGGCUCGUUUCGGUUUCGAGGUCAACGCCGACAUCGUUAGGUACAUGGACAGCGUGAGCGGCAACAGCUUUCUCACAGACAACCCUACCUGGGCCCUUGAUUUCGCUCCUCAUGGUCAGCGCGUGAAGCUGGGCGAGACCAUGACCCGUAAGCGCUAUGCUGACACGCUCGAGACUAUUGCGCAGGAGGGACCGGAUGCAUUCUACACUGGUGCCAUAGCCAACACGACCAUUACCGCCCUCCGAGCUGCCAACGGCACGAUGACACUGGAGGAUCUCGCAAACUACACUGUUGCUCUGCGCGAGCCCGUGUCGAUUAACUACCGCGGUCGCAAGCUCACGAGCACCAACGCCCCAUCCAGUGGUGUUGUUGCCUUGAGCGCCCUCAACACAGUGAGUGGCUAUGAUGGGUUUGACGACCCAUCUCAGCUGAACCUCUCAACCCACCGUCUCGAUGAAGCCAUUCGGUUCGCAUAUGGCCAGCGCACCAAGUUAGGCGACCCUUCUUUCGUUGAUGGCUUGGACGAGUACACACGGGAUAUGGUUUCCCCCGAGGCCGGUGAAGAGAUCCGCUCAAAGAUCUCUGAUUUCCGCACCCAAAACGUGUCCUGGUACAACCCCGACGGACUUGAGUCCAUCGAGACUCCUGGCACAUCCCACGUCGUGGCUGCCGACGCCAGCGGCCUAGCCUUCUCGCUCACCACCACCGUUAACCUGCUCUUCGGCUCUAAGCUCAUGGUUCCCGAGACGGGUAUCAUCAUGAACAACGAGAUGAACGACUUUAGUAUCCCCGGCGUUGAUAAUGCGUUUGGUUACAUCCCCAGCCCCGCCAACUACGUCCGUCCAGGCAAGCGCCCCCUCUCCUCCAUCUCCCCCAUCAUUUCCGAGCACCCAGACGGACGUCUUCACUUGGCCGUCGGCGCUGCUGGCGGUAGUCGUAUCACGACCUCCACCAUUCAAAACGUCAUUCACGUGCUCGAUGAGGGCUUGACAAUCAAGGACGCAUUGGCUCGACCCCGUUUGCAUGACCAGUUGUCGCCGGACCUGGUGUCGUUUGAGUAUAGCUACAACAACGAAACCGUGUCUUUCUUGAAGUCUCUUGGCCACAACGUAACGUGGGUAGCUCCCGGCCAGAGCUCGGCACAGGGACUUGUGAGACUCAAGUGCGGAACAUUCGAGGCCGCAGGAGAGCCCAGGCAGAAGAAUUCCGGAGGUUCUGUUGCUUAA